CCAAAAUCUUACAGGCCCAUUUCGGAUAGAAAUCGGGACCAAAUUGAUUGCAACGAAAGGAAUUAUGGACGCCAUUGCUAUCUUAAACCUAUAAACUCAAGUUGAUUAUUCUACCGACAUCGUGUACCGCAGUCAAUCAGUGAGGGAUGGCUAAGACAAAGAGUACUAUGACUAGCAGGAAGAGGUUCGAGACUUGUGAUAAUAGUGGUGUGGCACCUUGGCUAGAUCUUAACCAUGACAUUCUUUUUUUUAAUUAUGAUGCAACUGGGAGUUAUUUAUUUUCUUGCAUUUAGUUGUGUGUGCAAGUCAUGGAGAUUAUUUGCAGUCUCUAACUGGAACAAGUUUAUGGCAUCCACACCACCCAUGCGGAUGCGAUUCUCUAAUCAUGAAUAUAAGAGAGAGGGGUAUUGCUACCUAGAGGACUUUGAAAGAAGAAAGUUCAAAACCAUGAUUCCCCAUUCUGCUGGCAGGAGAUGUAUUGGAUUAACUUGUGGUUACUUGAUCUUGUUCGGGAUGGAAACAAAAGACUUUUGGCUUGUGAAUCCUAUCACAAGGCAUCAACUUCAUUUCCCCUCUACGCCCUUCUAUCCCCCUCCUUAUCCAUAUCACUUGAGGGCUGCUCUUGUCUUUUCAGCUUCAAUAUCUGGGUGGGUGUUUGUUGCGUUGGAUAGAGUCUCUCCUCAUAAGAUAUGGUUUUCUGUAACUGGUAAAGGAUUAUGGAAUCAUGUCCACUCCACUUUCCCCAUCCAUGAUUUACAUGCUUUCAAGGGUAAGAUAUAUUUACGAGAAGUGACACAUUUAUGUGAACUGAGACUUGAUGCAGAGCCCAAAUUGGUAUUACUUGAAACCAAGAAUUUUCUGAAGCUAAACCCCUCACUUUGGUGGUUUGUGUGUUCGGCUGAAAACCUCUUUGUGCUGCAAAACGUUUCAAGUGAUUCGUGGAAGCUUCAUGAACUAGAUUUUGGUGAAAUGAAAUUGGUGUGGCAAGAAAAGGCAAUAGGAGAAUAUGCAUUCUUUCAUUGCCGUGACUUUGGGUAUUCUAUUGCUAUAAAAUCAGAGUCAUGGGCUAACCACCCUCGGACACAAUACCAGCAAUUUGCUUUCUUUCCCAACACUCCAGCCUGGAGAACGCGUCAUGAAUGUAGGUUCUUUUGGGCAAACAAGUGGUACUUCCCACAUGAUUAUUUGAAUGCUAAUCUUAUAGAUGAGUCAUAGACUUGUUGCCAUAUCUUAUCUUUGUUUUUAUGACCGAUAUAACAGUUUUUUUAUUUUUUAUGUUGACAUGUUGGAAUUAAAAAGCCCCUUUUUUGGUCUUUUGGUGCCAAUUGAAAAUGUUACCAAGAGAAUGGUGGUGCCAACCGGGAUAAUGAUUGUGGUGGUGAUAUCUUUGACAAUUGUUAUUUUUAAUGACUCGUUUAAUUUAGACAUACUAAUAAUAUUUAACUCAUGAUG